GAAUUGCAUCUCGACGACAUUGCCAGAACCCAGCGUCGUGCAGCCCCCCUACAAGCUUGUUGCAAAGGGAGAAGAGACAGAAGAAGAAGGAAGCCAAGGUUGACGAGGUCGAUGGCCGUCGCGAGGAGGACGAUGAGGCUCGCCCUGCCGGUGAUCAUGGCGGCGUUCCUACUUCUGGCGGUGCUCGGCGAGGCGCGGCCGCUGGGCGGCGCCGACUGGGCGGCCGCCGGAGGGACCGCGCUGCCGGGCGCGUCGACCAUGGCCCAGGCGCUCCGGCGGCUGUUCACGCAGCGGCUGGACGGGCCGGGCGCCUCCUGCACCACCAACAGCCCGAACAACCGCUGCCCGCCGUAGAGGUCGACGCCGGCGGCGCGACUCGGCCGUCCUCCACGACCAACCCCUGCUCUCUCGGGUUCAAACUUGUUUUUCACGGACCAACCCGGGCGGCGGUGGCGGGCUCACAGUGUUCGCAUGUUCUUUUUCCCUAGCUAGGUAGGCCGGCCGACUAGCCGCCGGCGACCGACAAGGUUGGAUUGAUUGAAUUCGUUGGUUGGUUUCUUGGAGAUUUUUUUGUUGCCCGCGCGUGCUUUUCGCCGGGUGUUGAUUUGUACAGAAGAAAAGAUACUCGUAUACUACUCCUGGUAGGAUCUGUUCGUUUGAAUAAAACAUAGGCAACCUGCGAAAGUGUACCAGCAACACAUGUAUAUACCUUUCUCAGUAAAGUGUUAUAUUUUGUGAUCCA